AUGCCGGCCGAAUUCUGGCCGAAUACCAUGGCCGACGACGGUCUAGAUGUAGCUAUGGCUACUCCGGAUGCCAAGAAAACAAACGAUGACCAGGCGGGGAAGGGCGCCGAGGACGAUUUGCUUGCGCAGUCGCGGCUCUACCAGGUGGAGAUGUUCGAAGAGAGUCUGAAGCGCAACAUCAUUGUGGUGAUGGACACUGGCACGGGAAAGACGAGAAUCGCCAUUCUGCGGAUACGAGCCGAGCUUGAACGGUCGCCUGCCCCCAAGAUUGUCUGGUUCUUGGCCCCAACGGUUCCUCUCUGCUAUCAACAGUACUAUGCCAUCUCGUCACAGAUCCAGGGCGUUCAAGGCCGCAUCAUAGCAGGCGAGACCGAUAUCAAGGCCUGGUCUACGCAAGCUAUAUGGGAUGCGGCACUACGGAACAUCAGAUUUGUCGUUGUGACGCCCCAAGUGUUGCUUGUACGAUAUUCAUUCGCGCCGCAUAUUUCGUAUCCAAUGCUUGUCGUCUAA